UACAUUUCACACAGUUUGCAAGCUAUACAACCCUACAAAGCUACAAAGCGGAGGUAACCAUUUCACCAUUACAAUCCAAGGCGAAUUUAUAAAAGGUUGAUUAAAUAUAUUCCGUCGAAGUUGCAGAUUCCAAGCACACAAAAAUUAAGAAAUAAGUAUUAUUCAUCAUUCUCCAUAUCUACCACAUCACGGCAUCUUAACUGUCUGUCCAUUCCCAACAACAAGCCUUUUCUUUACCAGAAAUCCGAAGAUUCCAAAUCCACCGCCAUUUUCUAUUUUUCCAUCUAUUUCAAAUAAUUACCUCAGUAGAAAUGGGAAGCAGCAUUGCACCGUCAACCCCUGCUGAGGGUGGCUCAAAAUUUAAUGAAAAACUUUUAAAUGGACUUCGGCAAUUUUAUGAUGAGCAGAAACUGAUCGACGUGACUUUUAAGGUUUCUAAUCCAACUGUUUUGAUCCCUGCUCACCGUUUGAUAUUAUCCGCUGCCAGUAUUUACUUCGAGAAUCUCUUUAGCAGCAAUCAAGUCGGAACACCGUUAAUCGAAAUAAGCGAUAUUGACAGUGAUACCUUUGAGCGUCUGAUCACUUUUUGUUAUACAGGAAAGACGAUGAUUACCCACGAUAAUGCCGCUAAAAUGCUAAAGGCGGCAAAUAUUUUGCAACUGGAUGAUGCUGCUGUUGACUGCGUGAAUUUUAUUUUUGAAAAUAUAACGGAACUCUCACUGGGGCGGGUAUAUGUCCUGGAGCGCGAGACUCAGUGUGAACGUCUUCGGCAGAAAAUCCGGGAGUAUGAAAUACAACAUUUUAUGGAAGUAAAAGGCAGUGCUGAAUUCUUGAAUUUUGACUAUGAAAAAUUGAAGGAAAUCGUGGAAAGCGAAGACUUGAAUGUGACCAGCGAAAAAGAUGUCUUUUUCGCGAUUAAAAUUUGGUACGAACAUGAUACUGUCGGCCGUGAACGUCAUUUGCCUGACCUCAUUGGUUGCUUGCGUCUCUCGCAAUUCGAUACGAAUUUCAUAUUGACAAAUAUUCAACCGUUGGCAGGAUGUGAGUCGUUGGCUUUAAAAACAAUAGUAUGGGUCAGUCAACCUUUAGCUCGUACAAUGGUAACAUUAAAAUUCACGGAGCCACGGGAAUCUUUACGUACAAAUCUUGAAGAGAUGACCUGUUUGGCGGUGGAGAUAAGUAGUGGCCAUACCACUAGUUGUCUCUUACGAUACAAUAAAACUGAAGAUAAAUGGAUAAAAUACGCAGAUUUAGAUACACAGGGUGUCUAUAGGUUCAGUGUUAUUCUUAAUGAUGACAAUCUAAUCUUCACCGGAGGACAAAGAAACGAAGAAACAAAUGAAGUUAGAAGCUGGAAUUUGCGUACCAAAACAUGGAAACAGCUGCCCGCAAUGACUCACUCUCGGAUGAAUCACAGUGCUGCACUUUUAGAUGGCAAAAUGUACGCGAUUGGUGGAUUUAAUGGAAGGACUUCUCUAGCGUCGGUAGAAGUAUUCUCCUCCACUGGUGGAUGGCGGGAGGUACGCAACAUGAAUACACCACGCCUGAACGCAGCUGUAGUGACCUUAAAUGGCAACAUUUUCAUUAUGGGAGGUUGGAAUGAAGUGCAAAGUAUAAAUUCUGUUGAACGCUACGAUCCAACCACAGAUAACUGGACUUAUUGUGCGAAUAUGAAUGGUUCGUGUAUAUUUCCUGGUGCAGCCGUGCACAAAGGAUUCAUAUAUGUUGUAGGGGUGAAGGGGGCUGAGCGAUACGAUCCACAAAGAGAUGUGUGGACGAAGAUCUCUUUACCUACCAAUAGUGAAAAUCCUGGUUGUAUUUCCUUAAACAAUCAAUUAUGGGCUAUCGGCGGAUGGGGCUAUCAACAAACAGACCGCUCUUAUGUUUAUGAUGACGAAAGCGAUCGGUGGAUGGAAAAGGCUCGUCUGCCUAAUCCUGGUGCAUACUCCUGCUUUAUUGUGCCUGAAGCUUUCUUAUAAUUGGAAUAAAUAAAAUAAUAAAAUAUGAAAACUUCCAAAAAUAUUUUUAUACAUAAAUAAAAGU